AUGGAUAAACUUUGUAUACGCUCAUAUAUAAAAACUCGUUGGUUAUUAGGUUUAACUGCUGCACAAGUUCAUGAUGAAUUAAUUGUAGGCUAUAGACCAGGUGCUGUUUCAUAUAGUACAGUUACUCAUCGGGUUUAUCGAUUUUCAAGUAGACGAGAGCCGUUGAAAGAUGAUCCUUGAAAUAGUAGCCGUUAUCCGUCAAUACUUAACAAAAUGUUAAUGCUGUCCAGGACCUGGAGAAUGAUGAUCCACAUCUUAGUGUUGAUUAUGUUGCUACCUCUUAGACAUAGUCUAUUACAUGUAUUAGCGUGAUAAAUGUUAAAACAGAUUAGUCAAAAAUUUACACAAAAAAAGAUUAUCAUAAAAAAACAUGGCAUUAAAUUUGCAUCUUCACAAUGCAAAAUCACGUAUAAAAAAUAUUAAUCUUAAUCUUAAAUAAGUUCAAGAAGAAAAAUCCAAAGUUAUAGUUCAUCCUUCAUAUCUGCCUGGUCCUAGUUCAUCAGACUUUUGGUUAUCUAGUUUUUUGAAAUCUAGUCUUGACACAUAUUCAAAUGCUACAAGUUUUAUCCAAGGAGCUACAUUCGAAAACUGUUCAUUAAUACGAAAAGACAUCUCAGAAGUUGAUUGAAGGGAUGAAACUUUGUACCGAACAUUAUGGGGACUACUUCAAACAUUUACUGUAAAAGGAUAAACAAAAUGUUUUUUCUAUGAAUAAAUAUUUGAAUGUCCGAGAACUUUUUGACUGACCUAUGUAGUCAAUAAAUUGUUUUUAGUGAACACUAGUUGAAAAAAUUGAAUAUAAAAUAAACGCUGAUAUCAUUUAAAACUAGAUAAAAGUGUUUAUUUUUACUUAUUACUGCACAGUUUUUUUCCCACUACCGGGUGAAUCAACAGGGAUAUUGCUUUGCAUACUCGAAAAAAGCGUGGUAAAUGAGUCAUUGUAAAUAUUCGAUAAAAAAAGCACACGAAGAAAAAGAAAAAGCACGAGAACCAAUCCUUCAUCCAUUACUAUGUCACAUAAGCAAUACAUGCAAAGAUUCUCUGGUUUUUUUUCUUAUAUAUUCAAAUAUUCUGGAAAACUUGGUAAAAAC